UAUCCCUCUCCCUUCGCGUCGCAUGCUCCGCCCCGCCCGCCGCCUCCAUGGCGCCUCUUCCACUCCCCCUUCCCGCCACCAUGAUCACUCCCCACCAUUCCAAACCGCACGACGCGCCGAGGCCCGAGGCCUCUUUGCACGCCACGCUCGCCUCCUUCUCGCAGCAAGCCAACGAGGGCAGCCUCCGCGACGCGUUCGCACUGGUCGCCCGCGCCGAGCGGCAGUCCUCCCCCGCCGCGGGCGUUGCGGUGGGUCCGGAGGUGUACACGUCGCUCCUCCAGUGCUGCGUGACGGCCGGGUCCCUCCGCGCGGGCCGCCAGGUGCACGCGGCGCUCGUCAAGCGCGGGACGUACUACUGCCGGAACGCGUACGUCGGUACCAAGCUCGCCGUCUGCUACGCGCGCUGCGGCGCGCUCGACGACGCGGAACGCGCGUUCGGCGCGCUCCCGGAGAGGGACAGGAACGCCUUCGCGUGGGCCGCCGUCAUCGGGCUCUGGAGCCGCGCGGGGCUGCACGGCAGGGCGCUGGCGGGGUUCGUCGCCAUGCUCGAGGCCGGCGUCCCCGCGGACAACUUCGUCGUCCCCACCGUGAUCAAGGCGUGCGCGGGGCUCGGCCUGGCUGGCACCGGGAGGGCGGUGCACGGGCACGCGUGCAAGGCGGGCGUGGCUGAGUGCGUCUACGUCAUGAGCAGCCUCGUGGACUUGUACGGCAAGUGCGGGGAGGUGGAGGACGCGAGGGCGGUCUUCGACGCAAUGCCUGAGCGGACCGUGGUCAGCUGGAACACGAUGCUCAUGGCGUACAUACACAACGGAAGGAUCGACGAAGCCGUGGAUCUGUUUUACGAGAUGAGGGUCGAGGGCGUGCUGCCGACGAGGGUGAGCAUCGUGAGCUUUCUUUCCGCAUCAGCGGGUCUCGAGGCUAUCGACGGGGGAAGGCAGGGCCACGCAGUGGCAGUUUCGAGCGGGCUGGAGAUGGACGUGAUUUUGGGGAGCUCCAUGAUACACUUCUACUGUAAGGUUGGCUUGGUGGAGGCUGCCGAGGCAGUGUUUGAGCAGAUGGAAGGGAGAGAUGCUGUGGCUUGGAACUUGAUGAUUGCUGGGUAUUUUCAGGACGGGCAGAUCGAUAAGGCGUUACACACUUGCCGAAGAAUGCUGGAGGCUGACCUCAAGUUCGACUGCGUGACGCUGGCGUCCAUUAUCAUGGCUUGUGUAAAGUCCUGCAUCACGUUGCUGGGUAUAGCUGCUCAUGGUUAUGCAGUCAGAAACGGUCUUGAUUCAGAUAAGACGGUUGCUGCUGGCCUGAUAGACUUGUACGCGAGUACUGGGAGGAUCGAACAAGCGCGUCGAGUGUUCAAUGCCACGAGUCCGCGAAAUCCGGUCGUCUGGAAAGCAUUGGUUUCUGCUUACGUCGACUGUGGCAUGAACUCUGAGGCUCGGAAUCUUGUGAAUCAGACGCAGCUUCAAGGCAUGUCCUCAAAUGCAACGUGUUGGGAUUCUGUAAUCUCUGCUUUUAUACAGAAGGGCCAACUCGAAGACGCUGUAGAUAUGUUCAGCGAGAUGCUUCUGACGAAAACACGGCCCAACCUGCGGACCUGGAGCUUGUUGAUAAGUGCCUUGUCGCAAAAUGGCAUGCGCCAGGAGGUAACAAGCAUAUGCUGCAAGAUGCAGGAAGUGGAGUCAGCGCCCAGUCCCACAAUCUAUUCAUCAGCGAUCCUUGCUGUUAAAACGGCAGCUUCUGUAGAUUACGGGAAGGCAAUCCAUGCGUGCGUUGUUAAAAAGGGCCUGCUGCUGUCCAGAUCCGUGAUCCAGUCGCUUCUGAACAUGUACAGUAGUUUUGACGACAGAGACACAAUGGAUGGUUUGCUGAGACUGUUUCCUGAAUAAAGCACAUGGCACAAAAUGCACCCGAUGAUAUAGGGUAUGCACCUGUACAUGGUUGUACCAGGUUGCACGUACAUACUGAAGAACACAUCAUCAAAUAACGGGGCCGCAAUUUUGGAUCAGAAUCUACAGUCUGCUUGGCCUUUUUUUUUUUGGGAAUUGACAGAGGACUGUAUGGGCCAACUGCUGUUGCAGUCCUUAUUACAGUUGAGACAAUAGAACAACAAUAUACCCAUACUGUGAAGUCUAAUUAGAUCACACAUAUCUCUUAUUCUUUUGGGUAAAAAGUUAGAGCUAGAAAACUGUAGCGUUGAAUCUUACGGUUACAUUUUACUGAGUGGAUUUGGAUUUUUUCCAGAUCUGCAGCUCCUCCAAAUUUCCUGUGAUAGACAUCAAGCUUGCACCAUUGGCUGUGACUUUCUUUCAGAAAAAGCUAUUUUGGGUGACCCUGCAUUUGAACUGGACAUGUAGCUGGCCAUAGUUAUAUCGCAUUGUAAUAUCAAGUAUCCUAAUAUUCAUCAACAGUGUUUCUGAAUUAUAUA